AUGACUAAUAAAAGCUCUGAAGUUUCACGAAUUAGACGUGAGAUAGGUCAGUCACAUUUUACUCUUGGCUAGAGUCCUCCUUGCUACACUACUACUUUGAAAGCCAGUUAUGUCCCUGUUUUCUAGAGAUAUGACUCCUAACUUCGUAAGGAUAGAUUAAACGAAAACAUGAAGACAAACUUUAAUACGAAUUAGGAUUCUUUAGUGAAGCCUUCUGACUAUCGAAAAAAUGAUUAUGCUUACAGACCUAUUCCGUCAUAACAAAAACUGCUAAAUCAAACAGAAAUUCUAGCCUUAAGAAAUACAUUGAAGAGAUAAAACUUUGAGAUAGGUGACCGAUUAGGUCCCAAUUAUGUAGAUAAAUCCUCCAACCAUGAUUAUGGAUUAACAGCAUAUGUUAAUGUGAGACAUUUACAGCCAGGAAUCAGUAACACGUUCAAGACAACAUUCGAACUAGGGAAUGAUAUAGAUGCUAUGGCAUAAUUUCAAAAGAGAAGUAAGAGUGUAUCAAGAAAUUAGAGUGAUUUUGCAUAGAACCUUUUGAAUGCAAAGCAGUCGUUUGAUGAGAGGCUAAGAAAUCAAGAGAAGAUUUCACAAGCUUAUAUUAAAAUUGGAUCAGAAGCAGAUAGAGCAGCUGAUAUGCUGUAAAGCGAGUCAUAGCUAAAAUACUCAGAUCAUUAUAAUGCUUCUAGGAACAUAAAUAUCUACGAUAAUUCUUAUGUGAAGUUUAUCAAAUAGCACAACUGGGAAUACAGAGACGCUGCUGUAGCUCCUCCAAAUGAGAAACCAUCUCCUAUGAAAUCAGAGAUUAAAGAUUCUUAUAAUUAUAAGGGAUAAGGAGCAAUAAACAGGUUAUCACCUGAGAGGAUAAAAGAUUUCAAAAGUGUGCACUUUGAAAUAGGUAAUUAGAAAAUGGGAAUGCUUUUGAGUUCAAGUACUAAAGAUGCUUUUGUAAGACCCAAUGUGGAUAAUCGAAACAUACAAAAUGGAAGUGUUGCUUGGCAAUAGAAGAAUAAGUUCUUACUACUGGGACCCACUAAUCAUGGCAGUUAUCAGACAAAUAAUAAUGACACUUACUAGUGGAAGAGUACUUCCAAUAGUGUGAUUAAACCAAAAUGA